AUGUCUUCCAGCCACUUUGGUGUGACAUGGCGAAAGGCCCUUGUAUCACUCCCACGCCUCGUUCCUGAUUUUGUGCUGCACUGGACCUCGCCCGAGGGUCCGCACCCUCUAGUCUUCGACGUACCAUCUCGAGACUCGCACAAAAUACCGCUCUAUGUCUUCAUCCCGCCGGAUCACAAUCCACGUCACCACAAACCAGCCUCUGAAGGGACACAUCUGCAUGAGGCCUUGCACCUCCCGCGAGGCACGGGCGACGAGGAAAGAAGCUUGCCUGUCCUCAUCGACUUCCACGGUGGGGGAUUUGUUUUGGGAUCGUGUCAGGAACAAGUGCCAUUCUGCGCCAAGAUGUGCAGAGAACUGAAUUGCGUCGUGAUAUCUGUCGACUACCGACUUGGUCCAGCCGCACAGUAUCCAGCGGCACACUUUGAUGCUGAAGACGUGACCCGCGCAGUACUAGACCCCACCAAGCCCUCCUACAGGGUCCUUAGAGCCAGCAUUCAGUCUGCUCUCCAGAAGCAAAAGCGAAAGAACAUCCAACUUGACGAGCAGAGAAUUGCCUUUUCAGGCUUCAGUUCCGGAGGCAAUCUGGCCUUGAACAUGGCCCUGACCACCAAGAACGACCCGACGAUCCAUACCGAUUGGCCUAGCCCUGUACCAUGGGACCUGAAGAACCAUGUGCCUCUCUUGCUAUUCUACCCGUCAUUCGACACUCGACUGCUCCCGCACCAAAGACCGAGACCCGAGGGCUAUGACGCUCCCCCAACUUUUGCUGAGAGAUGGAGACUGGAAGCCGAGCUGAUGCCAACCUACCUGCCUGCGUCUAAAAGUGGGCAUCCCAGAGCAAGUCCAGGUCUUGCGGAUCUGAGGGCGCCUGAAGGAGACAAUUCUGGUCUUCACCCCAAGGCCAAGAUCAUGCUCAUUCUACCACAGUUUGAUACACUUCAUCAUCAAAGCGUCGUUUGGAUAAAGAAGGUUAACGACGAGGGGCGUGGCUCGGACCUGAAUGUCGUCGAAGUGAAAGGCGUGAUACAUGGGUGGACACAAUUCCCCGACUCAUGGUUGGACGAUGAUAGCAGAGCGUCGAAAUGGGAGAUGUUUGAGAAAGCGAGGAUGUUUCUGGACAUGUAUUGGAAUCAUCCCGAAGGGAAAGAGGUGGAUGUUGUUCAACUUGCCACUAAUGAUGAUGGCGAUGUCAAGGUGGACUCGACGCCCGACACUUGA